GCUGGUUGUUCUCUGCUUUGUGAUCGGCAGGAGUAGGGUGACUGUGCGGUUGGAAGUGUUGGAAUUCUUUGACUGGCAGCCGCGUAGGAGGAGGGGAGAUGCUAUAAUUUGGGACAGAAGCAAUAUUCCUUCAGUCUCUGUGUUGGUCUUUAUACCCUUGAUCGACUGCGGCUUGCCUCCUUUCUCGCACCAGGACCACCACCUUUCCAGGACUUGAAGGUAACUGCAUGUUUCUCAAAAUAACUCAGAGCCCCUCACCUGCAGCUGUUCUCACUGUUGUAUAGGCAGUGCUGCAUCGAAAAGGGUUACAGUAAGCUAUUGCUGUGAAGAUGUCACAUCUCAGUGAUUGUGUUCACUUGGAAUCAGUGGGUGAAGUGACAAAAGAUGAACUGAUUGAAAAGUCUCAUGGCACUUGUCAAGACUGCAAAGUUGGAGGCCCAAACCUCUGGGCAUGCUUGGAGAAUGGCUGUCCCUACGUUGGAUGUGGAGAAUCCCAUUCCGAUCACAGCACGCUCCAUUCCCAGGAAACCAUGCACAAUCUCACUGUAAACCUCACCACCUUGCGAGUCUGGUGUUACGCAUGUGGCAAAGAAGUCUUUCUAGAUCGGAAGCUUGGACCCCCGCCAGUGCAAAAUGGGAGAAUACUUCAUGUUCCUGAAAACCAGGACCUGUCUCCUGAGCAGUCAACAAAGGAUCGCAAGACAAUAAUGGGAACUUAUCUAGAUGCAGAAGCUGAAUACGAUGAUAUCAAGUCAAGAGGUCUCACUGGUUUGAAAAACAUCGGAAACACUUGCUAUAUGAAUGCUGCUCUUCAGGCUCUUUCAAACUGCCCACCCUUAACUUUGUUUUUCCUUGAGUGUGGAGGCUUGGUGCAGACCGACAAGAAACCAGCACUGUCAAAAAGUUACCAGAAACUAAUGGCAGAAAUAUGGCACAAAAAUUGCCCUAGCUACGUUGUGCCAACAGGUCUGUUUCAGGGGAUUAAAACUGUGAAUCCAAUGUUUCGUGGAUAUUCUCAACAGGAUGCCCAAGAAUUUUUGCGCUGUUUGAUGGAUCAACUUCAUGAAGAACUGAAAGAACAAGUCACAGAACAGACUGAAGAUACCCAGUGUGUAACCAUGGAAGAACAAAUGGAGGAAGAAAACCUGUCAGAUAAUGAAUUUCAGUCCUGUGACUCGUGUGCUGGCAGUGACAAGGCUGAUGGUGAGACCAACUCAAAGAUGUUAGUGGAAGAUCAGGGGGGAGACCUGGUGCACGAGGAACUGAAAAACCACACACCAGUGAAAGUCCGGCCACAAGAGAGGAACAUACUGCAUAAACUUUAUAACCAUGGCUCUGGAGAUGAUUUGGAUAAAGACAUGGACACUUCCACAGUUUUAGAGAUUACCGCUGAUGUGUCGAUGCACAGUUCUUCAAGACCUAGUAGUCCCAUGCUGAAUGAAACAAAUGCAAGGCUCUCCAGCAGCCCACCAAGAUCUGCUUCAGUGUGGGGAGGUCUUGCCUCCUCACACAAAAAAGUUGCCUCUUUUACACCACCGAAAAAGAGAAAACAAGCAAAGUACAAGAGUGUUAUCUCCGACGUCUUCGAUGGUACAGUUGUGAGCUCUGUGCAAUGUCUAACCUGUGAUCGGGUGUCCACCACUUUGGAGGCAUUUCAAGAUCUCUCCCUGCCUAUCCCGGGUAAGGAAGACUUAGCCAGGCUUCAUUCCUCAAGUCACCAGAUGUCGUUAGUGAAAGCAGGGUCAUGUGGUGAGGCCUACGCACCACAAGGUUGGAUUGCAUAUGUCAUGGAAUACAUUAAGAGUUGGUUCUGGGGUCCCAUAGUAUCCUUGCAGGAUUGUCUGGCUGCCUUUUUCGCUAGAGAUGAGCUUAAAGGUGAUAACAUGUACAGCUGUGAAAAGUGUAAAAAGAGAACAUACAGGAGCUUGAAAUCCCGGAGGUCCAGACUUAAGAACAGGUUGAGAAAUGGUGUAAAAUUCUGCAAAGUGCUAAGGUUACCCGAGAUUUUAUGCAUUCAUUUGAAGCGAUUCAGACACGAACUCAUGUUUUCCACCAAAAUCAACAACCAUGUGUCAUUCCCAUUGGAAGGACUUGACCUUCAGCCUUUCCUUGCUAAAGACAGCCCUUCUCAAAUCACAGCGUAUGAACUUUUAUCGGUUAUCUGCCAUCAUGGUACAGCCAGUUGUGGCCAUUACACUGCUUUUUGUCUAAAUGAGCUGAAUGGUCGAUGGUAUGAAUUUGAUGACCAAACUGUAUCGGAAGUGUCCGAGUCAACUGUGCAGAAUGCAGAGGCUUACGUGUUGUUCUACAGGAAAAGCAGCGAAGAGAUGCAAAAAGAAAGGCAAAGAGUGACCAACUUACUGAAUAUGAUGGAGCCUAGUCUGCUUCAAUUCUAUAUAUCACGUCAGUGGCUGAACAAAUUCAAGACUUUUGCUGAGCCAGGGCCCAUUAGCAACAAUGAAUUCCUUUGCAUUCAUGGAGGUGUUCCACCUCGGAAAGCUGGUUACAUAGAUGAACUCGUGGUGAUGCUGCCUCAGAAUGUGUGGGAUUAUUUGUACAGUAGGUUUGGAGGGGGGCCAGCUGUUAAUCAUCUCUACACCUGUCAAUGCUGCCAGAUUGAGAUUGAAAAGCUUGAAAAGCGAAGGAAGAUGGAACUGGAAAUGUUUGUACGGUUGAAUAAAGCUUUCCAAGAAGAAGAAUCACCAUCAGUUAUCUACUGUAUUAGCAUGCAGUGGUUUAGAGAAUGGGAAGGAUUUGUCAAGGGCAAAGAACAUGAGCAUCCUGGUCCAAUUGAUAACACUAAGAUAGUGAUUGGCAAGAACUGCCAUGUUUCUUUAAAGCAAGGAGCGGAUUCCGGCCAAAUUUCAGAGGAGACAUGGAACUUCCUGCACUCCAUCUAUGGAGGGGGCCCAGAGGUCGCCCUGCGGCAGAGCGUCAGCCACCAGGAUGUGUCAUGUGUGGAAGAAAAAAAUGAGGUUGAAAUCCGCCCUGUCCAAUAAUGGCUAAAGGCAAACAUUCAAAAACUGAAACUGAGAUGAAUUAUGCUGAAGCUUAAGCAUUCCAGGAUGUGAGAUAUUUUAUGAAUAUAAUUCUUGCAGUGGCAUUACAGUAUGUGUUUGGGACAAUCACAAAGUAAUCCCUGAUUUGUAACGUAGUUUAAUGUAGGUUUCUGGUCUGCCUGUACUGAAAGAUGGAUGUGUUUUCUGGGUGGUAUCCGAUGUUGAUUUGGUUGUGAAAGGCCCAUGCACUGAAAGUGUACUAGUAUGAAACAAGUUACUUAUAUUAAGUCAACUCAGGAAAGCGCUGAUUUUUUUUUUUUGCACUGCACUGUGGAUGACACAUUGAAAAUUGCAAAUGCCUUGUCCUUGUGACUGUAAGCAGGUAAAAGAAUAUUCCUGAAAGCUCACAACAAUUAUAAACAUGAGUCUAAGUGUAAUGUCUAGGCCGAGUUAACUCAUGCACACAUUGAUAGAAAUUAUAACAUUCAGCCCAUUAUUCCUUAUUAAUUUCCUAAAGAAAGCCAUUUGGCCCAAUAUUUUCAUUCUAACUCUUCAAUUGGAUAUAACUUGCUUUCUCUACCUUUUGUCAAUGGCUAUUAAAUUUCAAUAAUAUAGCCUCUCUCUCAGUAUAAAAGGUUUAUAAAUUAUAGGGAGAGUGGGCACCUUUCUAUUCAUCAAUUUGUAAACCAAUUGUAAUUAUCUUUCUUUGUUUACAUCCUUUCCAGUUUUCUUUUUUAUGAAAACUUGUUAAAUUAGUGUAAGUUGAAUUAACAUUCAACCAUUCAUGAAUAUAGCCAAGCAAAGGCCAAGGUACAAAACGUAUUACCAACAGCACAUAGCACAUAAAGCCUAUAUGAUUACGAGAACAAAAAACAGUACAGAAGAAAAAUAAUAUAGCCCAAAUCUCUGAAUGGCGUGACCUGUAAAUUGAUGGUACAUGGGAUAUUGUCCUGGUCUAGUUCAUUGAAUUACUUUGACUAUCUUGUUUACUGUAGAACCACUCCUAAAUUAAUUAGCACUCAGUUACUGUCAGUUUUGUCUGAGUUAUACAGUUGUGGAUUCAAACACCCCUCUGGAGAUUUUAACAUCCAGUUUACACUGGGAAUGCUGUACUGUUGGAGGUGCAAUAAAGGUACCAGUACUCUAGGCAAAAGAUCAACAUUCUCUCAACAGCCCACUCUGGUGUACUGCUGAGGGAAUUGAGGAUGCUGUCCUCCUACAGGACUGUCAACAUCCACUCUGCAUCCAAGAUCUAAAGAUCGCAGAAUCCUGACCCAACCAAUUCCAUUAAAUCCAUAUCGGCAUUUGUGUAUACUCUGCUAAGAAUGCAUGAUUUUAAAAGCAAUUUUCCCUAAGUAAAGCAUUUUGGGCUACUUGAGAGGAGAUGUAUUAUUUUUUAACUCAGCAACAUAUUUAGCUGAAAUUUUCCCACACCAAUUUUCUGGCAUGUUUUCUUUUAAAGAUCAUAAAAUACACAUGUUCCCUUCAGUGACAUCUGUGGACCUGGUUACACCACAUUGGCAGCUGCUCUAUAAAGUUUGCUGACCCUCAUGGAUGGAGCCCCUAGCCAUAGAAAUACUUCCUCUUGGCAGCUCGCUGAAGCAACACUAGGUUUAACAGUUUACAGAUUUCGCACUCCACCUUCAGAAUAAUCAAGAAAGGUAAACUCAGUGCAUCAGCCUUUCAUUUGUAGUUGAGUUCGGUUCAGACUCUAAGUAUAAUUCUUGUGUAAUUUCUCAGGAGUAUUCCACUAAAAUUGCAGGUGAUUCUUCACUAGGCAAAAACUAUGUAGCUGUUGCAGAAACAAGCCUGAAGCACGUUAAACUGACUAAUUAUUCUUGUGCGACAACCUUGAGUUGAUCCUUUAAAUAUCAGUCUCCUUAGCAUGUGCCUCAGAGGAAUGUUCCAUCAAUUUCAAACAACGUGUUAGUGGGAAUGUAACACUUCUCUUUCCAACAGGUUUAUCCCUUGAGCGUUUUUUUUGUAUUAAUUUAUUUUUAAUGCACCUGUAAAUCUCAAUUGCAACUGUGACUGAUUUAAGUUUAACUUGCACUUUGUAGAAAUGAUGAUGAUCUUACUGCAUUUUUUAAUGAAUAAUCAUUUGUAAGGAAUGUGUGAAUAAUUUAAUUGUACAUUAGCAGAAUCAGGGUCCAGCAGCGUUUAGAAUGAAGUACUCUCCCUCUCACCUGUGCAUGUUGUUUGACUUUCGGAUCAUAAAUGUGAACAUGUGCUGCACUGAUACAAAUCUGGAACCGUGGAAGUAAAGUUGGAAUGCAUAAGUGGAGGAUGUUUUCUUUGCCUUUCAAUCCUUUACAGUAAAGUUCAAUAAAUAAGUGACAUGA